CUCCACGAACUGCCCAGGAGUGAGCAACUGCUCUGGACAGCCCAACAGACAGACACACGGACUGCAGGACACCCAAGCCUGCCAACUAGCCAGACUGCACCCAGCGCUUCCCCUCCUCAGGCAUGCCCAGCAUGUGGCCCCUCUGGCUCCUCACAUCCCUGUUGGCCCUGAGCCAGGCCCUGCCCUUUGAGCAGAAGGGCUUCUGGGACUUCACCCUGGAUGAUGGACUGCCCAUGCUGAAUGAUGAAGAGGCUUCAGGUGCCGACACAACCUCAGGCGUCCCGGACCUGGAUUCCCUCACGCCCACCUUCAGCGCCAUGUGUCCUUUCGGCUGCCACUGCCACCUGCGGGUUGUUCAGUGCUCAGAUCUGGGUCUGAAGGUUGUACCCAAGGAGAUCUCGCCUGACACCACUCUGCUAGACCUGCAGAACAAUCACAUCACCGAGCUCCGCAAGGAUGACUUCCAAGGCCUCCAGCACCUCUACGCUCUGGUCCUGGUGAACAAUAAGAUCUCUAAGAUACAUGAGAAGGCCUUCAGCCCCCUGCGGAAGCUGCAGAAGCUGUACAUCUCCAAGAACCACCUGGUGGAAAUCCCUCCCAACCUGCCUAGCUCCCUGGUGGAGCUCCGCAUCCAUGACAACCACAUCCGCAAGGUGCCCAAGGGGGUAUUCAGCGGGCUGCGCAACAUGAACUGCAUUGAGAUGGGCGGGAAUCCCCUGGAAAACAGUGGCUUUGAACCUGGAGCCUUCGAUGGCCUGAAGCUCAACUACCUGCGAAUCUCUGAGGCCAAGCUCACUGGCAUCCCCAAAGACCUCCCUGAGACGCUGAACGAACUCCAUCUGGACCACAACAAAAUCCAGGCUAUCGAGCUGGAGGAUCUGCUCCGCUAUUCCAAAUUGUACAGGCUGGGCCUGGGCCACAACCAGAUCCGCAUGAUUGAGAAUGGAAGCCUCAGUUUUCUGCCCACCCUGAGGGAGCUACACUUGGACAAUAACAAGCUGCCCAAGGUGCCCGCUGGCCUUCCAGAUCUCAAGCUACUCCAGGUGGUCUACCUGCACACCAACAACAUCACCAAGGUGGGCGUCAACGACUUCUGCCCCGUGGGCUUCGGGGUCAAGCGAGCCUACUACAACGGCAUCAGCCUCUUCAACAACCCUGUCCCCUACUGGGAGGUGCAACCAGCCACCUUCCGCUGUGUCACCGACCGCCUGGCCAUCCAGUUUGGCAACUACAAAAAGUAGAGACAGCAGCAGCAGCCUUGUGGUGGCCUGGGCCAGGUCCCUGGGGAGUACAGCAAAUGUCCUGAAUUGGGGAAGCAGAGCAAGGGAGCAAAACCAGUGCCCAGCUGCACCCAACCCAGCCCCACCUG